UGCUAAACCUCAGUUAGCUGUUUUCCGCCCCUGCACCACAUACUAUAAUAGCUGUAGGAAUGAACUUCCCCUCUUGUUUUUAAUAGGCUGAAACGUGUGAGAGGCCCCCAAUCGCUCAGUAUUCUCCAAUCUUGAUUUGCUGGCGUGUCUGUCCGUCACCGUGGUGCCACUUGUUGCUAUCGCCUGGUUGCGGGGUAUCAAACAAUAUCGGAAGUCUACCGGUCCAGCUCUUCCUGGUUUUGGCAAGUGGUGGAUUGUGGACAGACAAAGGACUGGAAUAAAUGACCUGAGAGGAACACUGCCACUGGGACUGCAGGCAGUUUUUGUUUUCCUGUUAAAGAGGGAAGCCACUGCCUCUCAUUGCGUAAGAGGAGAACAAAGAAGCCACCAUGCAUGCUCCUGUUCUGUGACAAAUUUAAAAUAAGCGGAGAGAAAAAGAACCUUUUUCUAUAUUUUUUAAAAUACUUUUACUUUAUGAGUAAAAUAGUUUGUUUUUAGUUUUAGUUUAAACAUUUAUUUUAUUUUUUCAGUUUCCCCCCCCCUUAAUUUUGGUUCUUUUGUAAAGAAAUGCUUUACCUGAAAAAGUACCUGACAGAGGGCCUGAUUCAGUUCACCAUCCUGCUGAGUCUGAUCGGGGUGCAGGUGGAUGUGGACAGCUACCUGAGCUCUGAGCUGGCGCCGCUGCGUGAGAUCAUCCUGGGCCCCAGCUCCGCGUACACGCAGACGCAGUUCCACCAGCUGCGCGGCACGCUGGACGGCUAUGGCGUGCACCGCAAGAGCGCCGAGCUGGACGGCUUCUUCACCCGGCGCCGGCUGCUGAGCCGCGUGCGCUCGCUGGACCGUCUGAGUGUGCCCAGCACCCAGCUGGACGCCUGGCUGGUGCACCACGACGCCGACGCCGCGGUGUCCGCCGGGGGCCAGCCGGGCCCCGCCGUCGCCCUGGAGAAUGGGGGGGGUGGGCCGGAGGACGCGGAGAACCCCGAGAGCUCGGCCAUGAGGGGCGGGGGAGGCGGAGCCACGCUCGAACCCGACUACGCCGCCGCCAGCGAGGACAGCCUGGCCGCCGUGGCCCCCCAGGACGAGCAGGAGCAGGGCGGCAGCGCCGAGCACGACCGCGACCACGACCUCACCAAAGAGGACAUGGAUCUGAUUGACAUCCUGUGGCGUCAGGACAUGGACCUGGGCGCGGGGCGCGAGGUGUUCGAUUACAGCGGCCGACCGAAAGAGAGCGAGACCGAGGAGCGCCCCCCCGCGGAAACGCAGCAGGAGGAGGAGGGGGGGGCAGAGAGGGAAGAGAGCUGGAGGAACGGCCUCAACCUGCGAGAGGGGCAGGCCUGCACCCAGGUGGACGGAGAGACUGGGGAGGACGUACCUGAGCAGCUGGCCAGUCUGGAAGCCCAGACCUCAGUGUCGCUCCAGGAGUGCUUACGGCUUCUAGAGGCCACCUUCCCGUUCGGAGAGGAGCCCGAGUUCUCCGGCACGGUGAGCCCGGAGUUGGGUGAAUCUGGAGGAGAAGGCCCCUCCACCUCACGGGGGUUCAUGCCGUCCCCCCUGCUGCCCCGGAGUGACCCCCCCCUGGACCUGGAGCAGCAGUGGCUGGACAUCAUGGCCAUCAUGGAGCUGCAGGACAUGGAGGUGAACAGCGACGGCGACGGCUCCUUCCCGGAGGGUAACUCUGACGGCGACUCUGGCAGCAGCCGCAGUGGAGUGGAGGCGGAGCCUCUGGUGACCUUCGGCCUGUCCGGCUCCGCCACACCCAUCAACCGGAACGUGAGCCUCCACCAGGCGUCCAUGCCCAGCUGCAGCCAGGACCUCCCAGCCUUCUUCAGCCCCGGCUUGGAGAGCUGCGUUUCCAUGGAGACGCCCGAGCCCCACCCGCCGACCCUGCUCGGCCUGUCCUCCAGCAACUCCUCCAACUUCAGCUCCACCUUCAGCUCCACCAACCUGACGGGGCUGUUCCUGCCGCCGCUGCUCAACGGCAGCGGGAACGGCACGGCGAUGGCGGCGCUGGCCGACCCGCUCAGCGCCCUGCUGGAGGAGGCCAUGCUGGACGAGAUCAGCCUGCUGGACCUGGCCCUGCAGGAGGGCUUCAGCCACACCCAGGCCUCCCGCCUGGGGGAGCAGCUGGACUCCGACUCCGGCCUCUCCCUGGACUCCGGCCACAGCCCCGUCUCCCCCAGCAGCUCCGAGACCUCCUGCUCCUCCGGCUCCUCCUCCUGCUCCUCCUCCUCCGCCUCCUUCUCGGAGGAGGGCGCCAUGGGCCACAGCACCGACUCGGAGGCGGUGGGGGAGGCGGAGGAGGGGGCCGUGGGGGGCUACCGGCCGGAGCACAGCAAGUUCUGCCGCCUGAGCUACCGCGACCCGUCCCGGUUCCACGGCCUCCCUCGGCUGGAGCACGUGGGGCACAACCACACCUACAACCUGCCCCUGUCCCCCUCGGGGGGCCCGGAGGAGGAGCCCCAGCCCCCCAGGGCCAGGAGGCAGGACCAGCUCCGGCCGCGGGACGUCCUGGACAAGCAGGCCAGCCGCGACGAGCGCCGCGCCCGCUCCAUGAAGAUCCCCUUCAGCACCGACAAGAUAGUCAACCUGCCGGUGGAGGAGUUCAACCAGCUGCUGACCAAACACGGGCUGAGCGAGGCGCAGCUGGCGCUGGUGCGCGACAUCCGCCGCCGCGGCAAGAACAAGAUGGCGGCACAGAACUGCCGGCGGCGCAAGCUGGACACCAUGGUGGGCCUGGAGCGGGGCGUGGAGGAGCUGCGGCGGGACAAGGCCCGGCUGCUGCGGGACCGGGCCGAGUUUGGGCGCUCGCUGCGCCAAAUGAAGCACCGGCUGCAGGGCCUGUCCAGCCACGUCUUCGCCCGGCUGCGGGACCCGGCCGGCCGCCCCUACGCCCCCGCGGACUACGCGCUGCAGAUCGGCAGCGACGGCAGCGUCCUGGUGGUCCCGCGCCGGCCCGCCGGCGGGCAGGGCCGCAAGCCGCAGAGCAAACAGAAGGACAAGAAGAAGUGAGAGAAUGGUGGCUCUCUUUCCUUCUGUUUGCAGAUAAAAAGAAAAAAGAUGUUUUACCUGAAGAGAGCGGAGCGUGUUUAUUUUGGUUGGGAAAAACAAAAGGGUGACUGAACUUCAACUUUUGCAGGUUUAGUUUCUUUUCUUCCUUUUCUCGGACGUUUUUCUUUACAGGAAACAACUGCGAAGCACAAAUGCGUUGCUUUAGUAGAAACAUUUUUUUUUUGUAUUUUUGAAGAAAAAGGCUGAACUGAGAAACUGAAGGGGGGAAAAAAUCAGUAAAAAUAAAAUGACGGAAAUGAGUUUUCCCAUCUCUGUGGGACGUGAGGAGGAGGAGGAGCACGGUCACCGUGUCACAGGGUCCAGAGGAGGGACCCCUGCCCCAGCAGCAUGAUCCAAACGCACAACAAAAAAGUCAACAAUGUUUGGAUCAGAAGGGCUGGCCUUGAGCAGGGUGGGCGGAGCCUAAUUCAGUAUUAUGGGAUGGUUGAGGUAUUACUUGUGUUCUGCAGGGCCCUGGACUGCACUUUGAGCAAGGACAUCCCCUCCCCCUCUGCUGGUGUGUACAGUUGAGAACGUGGUGUGAGAACUUGGCGUCCGAGGCCGAACUCUCAGGUGGCCCUGGCUGUGGGGCGCUCUGGCUGUGGGGCGCUCUGGCUGUGGGCUGCUCUGGCUGUGGGGCGCUCUAGCUGUGGAGCGCUCUGGCUGUGGGCCGCUCUGGCUGUGGGCCGCUCUGGCUGUGGGGCGCUCUGGCUGUGGGGCGCUCUGGCUGUGGGGCGCUCUGGCUGUGGGCCGCUCUGGCUGUGGGCCGCUCUGGCUGUGGGGCGCUCUGGCUGUGGGGCGCCCUGGUGUCUCAGAAGGUGAACCAGUGAUGUGGAGAAUAUCGAAGAAGCGCCUUUCUGCUGCAGCUGUGCCGGCCCUCGCUGAGAGCUUCUUUGACCCAGGAGAACCCGGGAGGUUUUGAGCUUCUUUGACCCAGGAGAACCCGGGAGGUUUUGAGCUUCUUUGACCCAGGAGAACCCGGGAGGUUUUGAGCUCUGGGCUCUGUGUUGGUGUUGGGAGAGCGGGUCUGGAGCAGGUGUGUGGGCGGGGCUGGGCGUUCCCAACAUUCCCAGCGUUCCGAUGAGGACAGGUGCUCCAAGUAGCCGGAAUGGCGGAGGGGCUCGACUGAGCGCGUGCGGAAGCUGCCGGAGGUCUGGAAGACCUGGCCUGGCCUGCAGGAACGGGGGACCCAUGCUGGGUGUGGGAGGAGAGAACGCACUCCACGUGACCAACGACCACUCGAUAUCUGUACAUACCGUAAUAGCUACAGCUGUCUGAGUAGGCCUUGGCUGUAAAGUAUCAGUCUCUCCCUGUCUUUCUCUCUCUCUCUAUUUCUCUCCAUCUCUCACCUCUUUUCAUCUCUAUCCUGUGUUUGUCUUGUCUGUCUGUAUGUCGUGUCUGUCUGUCUGUCUGUCAUGUCUGUAUGUCUGUAGAGGAACAGUAGUUUGUUGUCCUGUCCCUUUAGCUUAUUGUAGUAACAGCUGUGUCCUGUUCACCUCACGUCAGCUUCAUGAGCUUAAUGAUGUCAUCGCACCCCCAGCCGGCGUGUAGAGCUGGGCUCACAUCUCUGACUGACUCUAUGUUCCGGCUGUUAGCACCCGAUGCCUGUAGCUUUUCUGAAUGCUGGUCGGUUUAGAGUGCUGAACAAACAUGACUUCAUGUUCACUUUUUCAUGGCAAUGUUGCUAAACUAGCUAAUGUAAAUCUUUUAGAGGAUGCAUCUCCCAAAAAAGGCAGUGAGAUCUGAGAUUUCAAAAGUGCUUUGUAAAAAUGAGAAAAUAACACAUCUUAAACACAACUUACUGCCUCCACAUCACUAUGCAGCUAAAUGUGUUUGGCCGUUACUGAAAUAUUGUGGCUAAUUUUAAGCAGACAGAAAUAUCAGAACUGAGGUAAAUUACUGUAGGCUCUUGGCUGUGUAGCUAGAAGGCAAUAUCCACAAACAUAAAAGAGGAAACUUUCAUUUAUUUUCCAAUAAAUCAAAACCGUUUCAAAGCUG